UGAUGUGUCAUAGUAUAUUAGGUUUUUCUUCUCCCCAAUUCAAUUUCACGUUCUCCUUCUCCCCAUUGCUGCAUCUUCUCUCUUCUCCUUCUCCUUCGUGUUCAUCAUUUCUGCAUCUUAUCUCUUCUCCUUCUCCUUCGUGUUCAUCACUUUUGCAUCUUCUCCAUUGUGUUAAUCACCAACGAUGAAGGAAAAACAUUGUUCUGAGUUCUUCAAAGAGACCAAAUCAGAAAACAACGAUUAUUGUGUUAUUAGUAGGGCUCGUGCUUCUCCAAUUUGUUACUGUGGUGAUGCUGCUGUGAUUCGUAGGGCAAACACGGACAAGAAUUUCGGAAAGAAAUUUUGGGGAUGUAUCAAUUACAAGGGGUCUGAGCAAAGAGGUUGUGGUUUUUUCAAGUGGUUCAAUGAGGAAGUGGUGGAAGACAAAUGUGAAGAUUUGAUGCAUAAGUUUGAAAUCUUAUCCAAGGAAUUUGAAAAAUUGAAGAGCAGAAAUGAGGAUUUAGGGAAUGCUGAUGUUUUAGUAUUGGCAAUUAGAUUAGGAUGUUUCUGGUUUUUGAAUGUGUACUUUGAAUGUACCAAAACAAACAUGACAUUUCAUGAUAUUUCCACUCUAUUCCAAAAAGAAUUUGACAUAAACAUGUUGAUAAUACAAACUCCAGCAUGA